AAGGUGCUCAGGGAGCCGGGGCUGUUGAAUCGGCAGCAGGCGUGCUGAUAAAACUCUUCUGCGUGCACACCAAGGCCCUACAGGAUGUGCAGAUUAGAUUCCAGCCUCUUCAUAGCCCCGACGUGAGCGCGUCCAUGCCUUCUCAUGGCUCUCACGAAGAAUUUGCCUUUCCUGACCACAUGGCCGAUCUGAGCGCGGAAGGGCUGGCAUCUGAAAAAGGAUCGGUGCACGGCUCCCAACCAGACCUGCGGCGCAUCGCCGACCUGCCUGUACCGGUCGACUUUCUGUCUCUCUCGAAUGACGCCAAACCCAAGCUGAUGACUCCAGACGCGUUCAUGACACCAAGUACAUCUCUUCAACAGAUCGCCGUCUCUCCAGGCAGCAGCGUCAGUUCCCUGACCGCAGUCACAGCUAUGAGCAGCACUUCUGUCACCGAUGCCUCCAUGCCCAGGCCAUCAGAAGACCUGACUGUGAGCCCCAAGAUGCAGCUGGACACCAGCCUCACGCUGAGCAGCAGUAGCAGCAGCCUCCAGACUAGUCCCAGGAGCCAUUCCGUUCUUAUCCCAGGCCUCCCAGACAAGCUAACGCCAAAGGCACCUGUUCCAGUCCCGCCGGGAAAUGCCUCCCUAGCCCUGGAACUGCAGGAGGUGGAGCCUUUGGUGGUUCCCCAGGCUUCUCCCACCCGCGAGCGCUCGCCGGACGUCAUUUCAUCUGCUUCCACGGCCAUGUCCCAAGACAUCCCGGAGAUUGCUUCCGAGACCUUGCAACGCAGCUUUGCGGCAGCUCCGUCGGGGCUCCCCGCCGAGGUGCUGGAGCCCGGGCAUCACGCAGACAGUAUGGCAUCCGCCGCCUCGGCCUUGCAUUUGCUGUCUCCGAGGAACCGGCACAAUUCAGAGCACAGCCACCACUCUUUGGACAUGCCUCCAGUGGAGGUGGACAGACUGAACGCUCCGUCGUUACUGGAGACUGCUUUAACUCAGGAAAACGCGUCUUCUGACAGUGUUGUGAGUCAGCCAUGGCCGGCAGCUCCCGAUAUCACCAGAGAAACCAGGAACAGCAUGGCAGACAGCCCAAGGGACGAGGUUGAAGAAAAACACAAGAGCUCUUCCUAUCACCGACACAGCUACCACCUCCUGCAGCACGACAGCCAGGACGCGAGCGCAGAACAAAGUGACCAUGAUGACGAAGUCGCGAGCUUGGCUUCUACGUCUGGUGGAUUUGGUGCCAAAGCAUCUACGCAGAGGCUGCCCGUGAAGGAUUGGAAAGCCAAGGCGUCGCCUCGGGCCUCCCCUAAGCUAAAGCGCAAGGGCAAGAAAGAUGACGGGGAUGUGAACCAGUCGCCGCGAUCGUCUAACAACCAGGUGACGCUGGAGUUCCAGGAUGAGCUGAUGUGCAUCCUGAGGAGCCAACAGCGGGAGCUCUCCGAGCUGCGUCAGAACCAGAUGGAGCUGCUGCAGAGACUCACGGAUCACCUUGACGCCGUUCAGAGCUCCCUCAUGGGCCACGUGGAGAGAGUGAUUGACUCCCAGCAGGAGCAGGAGCAGAGAAGGCUGGACCGGGCGCUGACGGAAGGACAGCAGCGCAACGGGCAGCUCCAGGAGCAUCUGUCUCAGCAGCUCACUCAGUCCCUUUCCGCCGCCGUGUGUAACCGCCUGGAGAGGACCAUUCGCGAGGAGAUGAAGAAGACCCUACCCCAGUGCAUCUCCAAGAGCGUGGACCCUAUCGCCGGCCAGCUGAGUAACACUGUUGCCGCCAAGCUCACAGCGGUUGAGGGGACACUGAAAGAGAGUAUCACCAAGCUAGUGAAAUCAAAGAACCUUACAGAUACCAUCGUGAGGGCAACGGCCGAUACCCUGCAGGGACCCAUCCACGUCGUCUUGCCAGCCUUCGAGAAGAGCUGCCAGUCCAUGUUCCAGCAGAUCAACGACACCUUCAAGCAGGGCACGCAGGAAUAUAUCCAGCAGCUUGAGACUCACUUGAAGAACAAGAAGGUACGAGAACAGGAGGCCCGGGACCCGCUGCUGAAUCAGCUUCGGCAGCUCAUCAGCACCUUCCAGAGCACCACGGAGCAGCUGGCUUCCACCGUCACAGCCAGCAUCCACGCGGAGGUGCAGCAUCAGCUGCACAUUAUCGUGGGCAACAUGCAGGAGUCUAUUUUGACUCAGGUGCAGAGAAUCAUUAAAGGAGAAGUGAGCCUGGCUAUGAAGGAGCAGCAAGCGGCUGUCACGUCCAGCAUCGUCCAGGCGAUGCGCUCGGCGGCCGGGACUCCGAUCCCCUCCACUCACUUGGAUUUCCAGUCUCAGCAAACUCACAUCCUUCAGCUGCUGCAGCAGGGACACCUCAACCAAGCGUUCCAGCAG